AUGGGUAAAGAAGAUGAAAAAGAGAGUGGGAGGGACAAGAUGAAGAGUUUUGGAAGUAUAAGAUCGAUAUUCAUGCAUGCGGACGGUGUAGAUUGGAUAUUGAUGGCAUUAGGCUUAAUUGGAGCCGUUGGUGAUGGCUUCAUCACUCCUGUCGUAGUUUUCAUCUUCAACACACUACUGAACAACCUCGGCACUUCCUCUUCCAAUAAUAAAACCUUCAUGCAAACCAUCUCCAAGAACGUUGUAGCUUUGCUUUACGUGGCUUGUGGAUCUUGGGUGAUAUGUUUCCUUGAAGGAUAUUGUUGGACAAGAACAGGGGAGAGACAAGCGGCAAGAAUGAGAGAGAAGUACUUAAGAGCAGUGUUAAGACAAGAUGUGGGUUACUUUGAUCUUCAUGUCACAAGCACUUCUGAUGUUAUCACUAGUAUCUCUAGUGACAGCCUCGUCAUUCAAGACUUUCUCAGUGAAAAGUUACCAAAUUUUCUGAUGAAUGCAUCUGCGUUUGUCGCAAGCUAUAUAGUGAGUUUCAUCUUGAUGUGGAGACUGACAAUCGUAGGCUUCCCAUUCAUCAUCCUCCUCUUGGUCCCUGGACUAAUGUAUGGACGAGCCCUCGUCAGCAUCUCAAGAAAGAUACACGAGCAGUACAAUGAGGCUGGUUCUAUCGCCGAACAGGCCAUCUCAUCGGUUCGAACUGUCUACGCAUUUGGUAGUGAGAACAAAAUGAUAGGAAAGUUCUCAACUGCACUUAGAGGGUCGGUGAAGCUAGGGUUGAGACAAGGGUUAGCUAAAGGAAUCACCAUUGGGAGCAAUGGUGUCACUCAUGCUAUUUGGGCAUUCCUAACUUGGUACGGAAGUCGGCUGGUUAUGAACCAUGGCUCCAAAGGCGGUACUGUCUUCGUAGUCAUUAGUUGCAUCACAUAUGGAGGCGUAUCACUUGGUCAAAGCUUGUCGAAUCUCAAGUAUUUCUCGGAGGCAUUUGUAGCAUGGGAACGGAUUUUAGAAGUGAUAAAAAGAGUUCCUGAUAUAGAUUCAAACAAAAAGGAAGGUCAGAUUCUGGAGAGAAUGAAAGGAGAAGUUGAAUUCAACCACGUGAAGUUCACAUAUUUGUCUCGACCCGAAACCACUAUCUUUGACGAUUUAUGUCUAAAAAUUCCAGCUGGGAAAACUGUAGCUCUUGUAGGUGGAAGCGGAUCGGGUAAAUCGACAGUGAUAUCACUUUUACAAAGGUUCUAUGACCCGAUAGCAGGAGAGAUUCUCAUUGAUGGUGUGUCCAUUGAUAAGCUGCAAGUGAAUUGGUUGAGGUCGCAAAUGGGUCUAGUUAGCCAAGAGCCAGUGCUCUUUGCCACAUCUAUAACGGAGAACAUAUUAUUUGGUAAAGAAGACGCAUCAUUGGAUGAAGUAGUUGAAGCUGCCAAGGCCUCCAAUGCUCAUACUUUUAUUUCUCAGUUCCCUCUUGGUUACAAAACUCAGGUUGGGGAGAGAGGAGUGCAAAUGUCGGGAGGCCAGAAGCAAAGGAUCGCAAUUGCACGAGCGAUAAUCAAGUCACCAAAAAUUCUCCUUCUAGAUGAGGCAACAAGCGCAUUGGACUCCGAAUCCGAAAGGGUUGUCCAAGAAUCCUUGGACAAUGCCUCUAUUGGUCGUACCACUAUCGUUAUUGCCCACCGCCUCUCUACCAUUCGUAAUGCUGAUGUUAUCUGUGUAAUCCAUAAUGGUCAGAUUGUCGAAACUGGAUCUCAUGAAGAGCUCUUGAAGAGAAUAGAUGGUCAAUACACUUCUCUAGUCAGCUUACAACAAAUGGAGAAUGAAGAAUCAAAUGUUAACAUCAAUGUAAGUGUGACAAAGGACCAAGUCAUGAGUUUGAGCAAAGAUUUUAAGUAUAGUCAACAUAACUCUAUUGGUAGCACGAGUUCAAGCAUUGUUACAAAUGUUUCUGAUUUGAUCCCUAAUGAUAAUCAACCGCUUGUGCCAUCAUUUACGAGAUUGAUGGUGAUGAAUAGGCCAGAAUGGAAACAUGCAUUAUAUGGUUGUUUAAGUGCAGCUUUAGUUGGGGUCCUACAACCAGUUUCUGCAUAUUCUGCGGGAUCAGUGAUAUCAGUAUUUUUCCUAACGAGCCAUGACCAGAUCAAGGAGAAAACAAGGAUCUAUGUGUUGUUAUUUGUCGGUUUAGCUAUAUUCUCUUUCUUGGUCAAUAUUAGUCAGCAUUACGGUUUUGCAUACAUGGGAGAAUACCUAACAAAACGUAUUCGAGAACAGAUGCUCUCGAAGAUACUGACAUUUGAGGUCAAUUGGUUCGAUAUAGAUGAUAACUCAAGUGGUGCAAUUUGCUCUAGACUAGCAAAAGAUGCUAAUGUGGUGAGAUCGAUGGUUGGCGAUCGGAUGUCAUUGCUUGUACAAACCAUAUCAGCAGUAAUCAUAGCUUGCAUAAUUGGCUUGGUCAUCGCUUGGCGAUUAGCAAUCGUGAUGAUUUCAGUGCAACCACUAAUUGUUGUUUGCUUCUACACUCAACGUGUUCUGCUCAAGAGCUUGUCCGAAAAGGCAAGCAAAGCCCAAGAUGAAAGUAGUAAAUUAGCGGCAGAGGCGGUAUCAAACAUACGAACAAUCACUGCCUUCUCGUCACAAGAACGGAUCAUAAAGCUACUAAAAAAGGUCCAAGAAGGUCCUCGGAGAGAAAGCGUCCACAGAUCAUGGUUAGCAGGGAUUGUGUUGGGGACUUCAAGAAGCCUUAUAACGUGCACUUCGGCUUUGAAUUUUUGGUAUGGUGGUAGACUAAUCGCUGAUGGGAAGAUAGUGUCAAAAGCAUUCUUUGAGAUAUUUCUGAUCUUUGUGACUACGGGUCGGGUUAUUGCUGAUGCUGGAACCAUGACAACAGAUCUAGCCAGGGGUUUGGAUGCAGUUGGGUCAGUGUUUGCAGUGUUAGAUCGCUGCACAACGAUUGAGCCAAAGAACCCAGAUGGAUACGUCGCAGAAAAGAUAAAAGGACAAAUUACAUUUCUGAAUGUGGACUUUGCUUACCCAACACGACCUGAUGUGGUUAUAUUCGAGAACUUUUCCAUUGAGAUCGACGAGGGGAAGUCAACAGCGAUAGUAGGUACAAGCGGGUCAGGUAAAUCCACAAUAAUUGGUUUGAUUGAGCGGUUCUAUGAUCCAUUAAAAGGUACUGUAAAAAUUGAUGGCCGCGAUAUAAGGUCGUAUCAUCUAAGAUCGCUUCGUAAAUACAUAUCAUUGGUUAGCCAAGAGCCAAUGCUAUUCGCUGGAACUAUCCGAGAGAACAUUAUGUACGGAGGAACAUCUGACAAGAUCGACGAGUCGGAGAUUAUCGAGGCAGCAAAGGCAGCGAACGCUCAUGAUUUCAUCACAUCACUAUCUAACGGCUAUGACACAAACUGUGGAGACAAAGGAGUACAAUUGUCUGGUGGUCAAAAACAAAGGAUCGCAAUUGCUCGAGCAGUUUUGAAGAAUCCAUCAGUAUUGCUUCUUGAUGAAGCUACUAGCGCUCUAGACAGUAAAUCAGAGCGUGUGGUGCAGGACGCGCUCGAGCGUGUAAUGGUUGGAAGGACGAGCAUUAUGAUCGCACAUAGGCUUAGCACAAUCCAGAACUGUGACAUGAUCGUUGUUUUAGGCAAAGGAAAAAUUGUCGAAUCUGGUACCCAUUCUUCCUUGUUGGAAAAAGGUCCAACAGGGACUUAUUUCUCAUUGGCAGGUAUCCAGAGAACUCUCUGUUGAAAGUCAGAUUUUUUCAUAUAAAAUACUCUUUUUCAGGCAAAAC